ACGGCUUCUACUACAUAAUAACAGGGUCUAGUCUAGGUCUCUCUUAGUCAGAGUUUGAAUGAUAUAUGUGUGUGUAUUAUUGAAUGCACCGGUUACACAACUGAAGAAUACCUCUGUGUACUGUUUGAAUAUUUCUAUAGUUUAACUUUUUAAACGCUGUCGGAAAAAAAAAGGGAUUACCUAAGUACUGUUUUCAAUUACAGCAUUCAAGGGCGUUUUGAGACACCCCCCCCCACUGCCACUCCGCCCCUACCACCACCAUUUUCUAACCGAUCACAUUAUUACCGGGCGUUUGAGUUUCACGGGGCAGCAUCUUUCUGUUGUGCUGUUCCCCUGGUCAAGCUGAGUCAAGCACCAGGAGAAGAAUUACUAGAUAGGAAACAAGAGGUCAGGACCUAACAGCCAGAACCUAUUAGUAACCACGUGGAGAAAUAGUAAGGACCUAACGACUAAAGAGGCUGACACGAACUAAAGAGGCAGACAAAGACUAAAAAAGCUGACACAGACUAAAGAGGCUGACACAGACUAAAGAGGCUGACACGAACUAAAGAGGCUGACAAAGACUAAAGAUGCUGACACAGACUAAAAAGGCUGACACAGACUAAAGAGGCUGACACGAACUAAAGAGGCUGACACGAACUAAAGAGAUGGACACGUCAGUGUAAACACAUUGUAUGAAGAUAAUUGACUGAGUGUAAGAUUCUCUUUGACUAAUGGUUUAAAUCAACAAGUCACGAUGUUUGAGUCUCAAUCAAAGAAAGAACCAAAACUUGUUUUCUCGCACAAGUCGCAACAGAACUCGACCAAAAGUUCGGGCAAUGAAGGGACACAAAUCCCGAGGGUCGCUCUGUCGGUUGGCGGCAGCGCUGCGGGACUGCAAAGCCAAACGCUCGGCGGCCAGAAUCGUAGCGAUGUGCUAAAUGUAGGCGGCUCACAACAAACGCAGCAGUAUAAAAUGCAGGAGCGUCCACUGCUGGAAAAGCAGGCAUUGCAAAGGCAGGGGGUAACACUAGUGCAGCAAGAGAGCAAGCUUGGUGAAGGUGUAGUGAAGACAUCUCACGUGCUCGCCAAUGAGAAGCUGAGUUCAAAUCUGAACACUUUACAAGUGUCUGACAGAAAACAAGUGUCUGACCUUCAAUUUCAAACUUUAGAGCUAAAAAAAGACCCCGAGUCUGACAAGCUCAUUCACACUAGUAACACUGAAGUGAAAUUCAUUGCUAAAAAUAAUGACCCGCCUAUUGGCCAUUCUCAUGUCCAUAAUAACAAUGUAUAUAAAGAUGUGGCAUACGCCGAGAAGGCAGUUGCUAAGCCUGUCUCAGACGACAAAAAUUCAUCAAAUACUGCAAAAAUUGAACAGUUCGAAGGCUACAGUAUAUAUCGCGGUGCUCGGGAAAUGACCAUUGGUCAGAUUCAAACGCCCGAAACCCCUAAAGCAUCUACAGGUUCUCAGCUCAAAGCAACAGAAGUGAGACCAGGUGAAACAAUAUCCAUGCAGAAAACUGAUAAUGAGGCUUCAGUGCUGAGACACCCAGACAAAGGUGUGAGAGCCGCUUCUGCAAUAAAUUCUCAACAAUUUAAAACUUUACCAAAUCACUCUUCUCUUCAGUACCAGAAAGUGCAAACCAUACCACAUCAAAUAGUUUAUUCAGAGCAGGGAAACCAUUUGAGAGAAUUCAGGCUAGUACCUCUUCAACAGAACAGAGUUCAAAGUUAUCCACAGGCUUCAGGCCAUGGCGUAGCGAAAGCUCUAAGACUUGUCCCAGUCAACUCGGAUUCCGGAUACGCACAUACGAAGGUGCGUAUGGCAGCGCCUACAGGAAAGCAAAGGCCUCAAUCUUAUACCGCACCUCCCAGAUACGCUGUACCUGUGACUUGGCAGACGACGGUCCCUGGUGGCUACGUAACGAUGCAACCCGAUGGCAAUCUUUUCGUGGUUAAACCUAGGAGCAGCAGUGUCUCCUCCAGGCAGUCUUACAGAGUAGAGCCGGACACACCGCUGUCUAAACAGACUACUCCUAGUAAUAACGUCCGCCCGAAAUCCAUUCUGAAAAAUCAAGCUCAACCGGAAGUCGCGCCCGAAUGGCACCAAAAUGCUCGCCCCAUUCACAUUCCGCGCCCUCAGAGCAUCGCUAACCCGUCUGCCAAAACUGACCAAAACUAUGACUUCAGCGCUAUCCUCAAAACCAACAGUGACCUUGUUUCCUACGCCAAACACAAGAACGAUGAACUUCCUGAUCCGUCGUCGCGAACAGAAGACGCCGACGCUGUCUCAUUAAGGAGUGAAGCAAGCCAACAGAGCGCGCCACAGAAAAAGUCUGUCAAAUUCAAUUCUCAGGUUCGCCUGCACACAGAGGAUCACGUGUCCAAUGUGGUCACGCUUUCAGUCCCUACCUAACAAUUGAACCAUUCAAUGGUUCGUUCAAGUAAUGUAAGACUACCAUCAAAGGGAGGUCAAGACAGCGCUGCAGUCAUACAUUGAAACAAACAAACACUGUCAUCUGCUAGUGUACUUUUAUUGUUUAUAUCUUAAUUAGAAGAAUAUUUAACCAGUGGCGUAUCUGACUUUCAAGGUUGUGUGCAGGGAGGGUGCUAAUAGGUGUUGUUGUAUUUCAAACAUCGCACUGCCCCCCCCCCUUAAAUCUUGAUGGAUCACUGUGCAAUGGGGUGUGAGUGAUGGAUCUGUUAACUCUUUGACACCGGUAAAGGGCUUGACAUUUUGUUAUUGUAAAUAUUGUCAAUGUAUACACGCAUUAAUUUGUUAACACAAGAAAUGAAAGACGGGACAAGUGAGAGAGAGAGAGAGAGAGAAGAAAUGUAUUUUAUUCAGAGUUUUUUGUUCAAGAUAAGUUUCAUUUCAUGAUUCUUGUAAGUAGCAAGCGAUAGAAAUGGUAGAAGCUAGCGCUUAUUCCUUCUAUAUAUAAUGAUAUAUUGAAAGUAGUUGUAUAAUAAUAAUGAUGUAAUUUAUAUAGCGCAGUUAACAAACAUAAUGUAAGCUGAAAGCGCUCUAAGUGCAUAUCAGACAUAAACAAAACAUUGAUAGCUAUGGCCUAAUCUUGUUUGUGGACCAGUUUCGGGGGGGGGGGGGUAAUCUUGGAGAAGGUUUUCGUGCUGCCUUUAGGUGCUCAGUAAACACAAUUCUGCUCGAGUCGGGUGUCGAACCUCGAGCCCCCUUCAUAGCUAGCCAAGCCAAGCUCUCGACCACGCUUCUAUCACUAAACACAAGAGUUUAAAUGACGCACUCAUCUAGACACAUUUUAAUUUGAUGUAAACAUUUCUUUCUACAUUCUCUGAGCAUGGAAGUAAAGGGGGAGGAGGGAGGAAGAUUAUAAUCUAGAAACUUACAUCCGUAGACAAUGAAAACUGUGAAUCUUUUAGGCGAGUUGAAAACUAGGUCAUGGGAUUAAAUUAGCUACACGUGUUGAUACACAAAUACAUAUAGAAAAGGAGGCAAGGAAGUAGGCCUAUGGGAUACAACUUAGGUUAAGUUCAGAUAGCUUCAACAAUGGAAUGCUGCACUUAUUGAAGGCAAGCCAUGCAUUAUCAAUCGAAGACGCCAUUUAGUGGGGCAAAGAGAGAGAGAGACAGACAUAGAGAGAGAGAAAGAGAGAAAUAAUGGAACAUGGAGAGAGAAAGAGAGAGAGAAAGUAACUAAAUAAAGGACAAAGAAAUCAAAAAAGAGAUCACAAACAGAGAGAUCAGACGAGAGAAAGAGAGAGGGAGAAACAUACAAAAAACCCAAACACAACAUUGCAUAUUAAUUAAGAAGCGAGAUGAACAUUUAUUACAACAGGAAAUAAACCAAUUAACAUAAUUUAUUAGACGAUAUAUCUUAUACGGUAAGUAGACCUAAAUGAUAAUCCUCGUAGCCUAAUACAUUGACAUUCACGUUUCCACGCCCUGUGAAGUGAUCAAGCGCUCGCUAAUAUUUCCUAGAUAUGAAUGUGAUGUCAGCCAUCAGCAUAGAACUAAGAUCUAUAAUAAUAUAAGAAAAGCUUUAAGGCAAUACUGCAAGAGACCAACACUUACGUACCGUGUCCUGUGUGCUGCUGACUUUUCAAUGUGAGGAUUUCAUAACCAUCUUUGAAUUGAGAAUGGGCAUAACUUGAGCCAUAACAGGCACAAGUGGGAUUCGAACCUACUUAAGUAGGGGACUGGUCCUACAGUGAGACCUACUUUGUAGGUAGCGUGCACCAGGCCUUCUGACAUGCUACCACAGGGUACGGAGAUAUAUUCAUGUUACUUUUAUUACACUGUUAAUAUUCAAUGACCUGAUUGUUAUAAAGAUAUGGUUCAGUUUGAACCUGGCCUAACAGAUCUUAUUAAAUGAUUAUCUAUUAAUGGAUGUCAAGGAUCAAACACUCAUUCAGAUCCAUAAAAAGUAAUAGCCCUUAAGGAAAGCAUUAUUUGUUCAGCCUUUUUUCUAGUGGUGCUGGGGGGGGGGGGUAUUCUUCUUAUUUUUUGUUCCGAUUUUUCGGCGGGCCGGAUAACACCACAUUGAGGGUCACAUCAGGCCGGCGGGCGUAUUAAGAGGACAUCGCUGUGUUACACAUUUUAACUCAUAAUAGUUCUAAGGGGAAGUAAGCAGAGUGAGUAGAUGAGAUAGCCACGAUUGUUUCCCUUGCUUCAGUCACGUUUGAAAGUCCUGUUAAUAGAUCCACAGUUAUGUGCCAGAAUAUAUACUACCGCAGUGAUGCCCAAACUACGGCCCGCGGCCCAGAUCCGGCCCGCGAUGUGCUUCUAUCCGGCCCGCCAAAACAUUGGAACAGAAUGUAAAAAAAAAAAAUAAAAAAAAAAUUCAAAAUUUGAAUGUUGAAAAAAUAUUCUCUUUAAGUUAGGAUUCUCACUCAUUCUUUGAUGAAUUCCAUCUUUAUGUUUGGUAUUCACAGUAAAUAUUUUUUGUUUGCAAGAACACAAGUGUUGUUGUUUUUUUCAAUGGCGAUAAAACUAGAUAGCUAUUUUUAAUUCUUGGAAAAUUCCGCUACUGUCUUGAGCUAGCCGUGUCCUUGACAGCUUGUGUGUGCAGCACAGAGCAUCAUUGAUGUAUCAUUUUGGGUCGUGUUCUUUUGAUGUCAAAGCGAUUGGUACCGUAGUGUUUAUUGUUUGUGAUUUAAUGAAAUGGGAGAGAAACGAAAUGUGGACUCUGAAUGUAGAAACUUUCAGGAAAAGUGGACAGAUCUUUACUUUUAUGGAAUAUGAUAGUAAGUCAACAUGUUUGAUUUAUAAAGAAAGUGUGGCUGUUUUUAAAGAACAUAACAUUAAAAGGCAUUAUGAAGCCAAACACAUAAACACAUAUGGUGGCAUUCUUGGUUUGAGCCGCGAAGACAAGAUUGCCAAUUUACGACUAGA